AAGUUUGGAUAAUGUUUUUUUUUGCAAACUCAAGGAUUUUACCACCUCCUUCUUAACUGAGAUAAAUGCAAAAUAAAAUCUCCGUGUUCCUUAUAAGUUAACCGGAUUGAAAGCAAAGAACCGGUCCUUAAGUCAGUAUACACCAUACAUAUGUAUGUAUGUAUGUACGUAUGUAUCUUUUCUCCAAUUUUCUUUCCAAGAUGUUCUUGAAAAUGGCCAAUUACGGUGUUGGAUUCCCACUUAUUGGCCGGCUGUCCGUCCACGUAUAUAUGUAACUAUGUAUGCGUGUAUAUAUGUACCUCUUAAUAUGGAUGUAUAAGUUUUCCUGUGUGUGUUGUCCAAUGUGAAUACAAAUUGCGGCGAGGAUCAAAUGUCAAGCUGAAACCCAACCGCAAAGCUACAGAUCUGAUAAAUAACCCCGGUCUGCUUCACUUGCAUUUUCGCAGUCUGGAGAAGAGGAAACUAAGCGCAAAACGUGCAAAGAAUAUAUGUAUGUACGUAGGUAUAUACGUAAUAAUGUAUGUGAACAUACAUAUAUACAUAUGUACAUACUGACAACGGAUACAGUCUUCGGUUCCAGGCUCACGAUCGUUCCAGCUGGAGCUUUUGUUCCCACACACCCUCCUAUAUGUAUAUGUAUGUAUGUUUGUACAUGUAUGUACAUAUGUAUGUGUGUAGUGGUAGUAACUCCACUGCCGUGGCGUGAAUUUCGUACGUUCACUCCAGCUCCAGCUCCAUUUCCAUUCCCAAGCAGCCCAGCCAGCCGACCGUAGUAAAAUCCAGUUUUGAUAAAAAUAAACAAAGUACGCUACACCGCGCUCUAUACACUACACUAUGAAUUUUUAGCCGUUGGGGCAGAGUCACCUGGGAAAAGGAUCUCUUUUGUGGGCAGACGAGGAGCGUUUCAACAAGAUCUGUGAAAUGAUUUUUUUCAGACAGCAACAUGUCCGCUCAAGUCGAUGGAUGCGUGGAAUGCUAUUGCUAUUACCUCUUUUUGGUGCAGAGCAUAUUGGAUUCGUUACGGCGGGCCCACAACGGCAAAGUUAACAACCGUAAAAAGCGCAAAUACGACACAGCGAGUUGCGGCCAGCGGAAGCUUAACAUCCGGAUAAUAUUGCCUGGCAGUUCAGUUGUUGUUCUGCUGCCUCGCCUGCUUCUGCUUCUUCUUCUUCUUCUCCUGCUUCUUCUUCUUCGACUUCAGUUCGUGGCAAAGCCUGUUGCUCAAGCCUCUCUCCUUUCCGUCUUCUCCGCCUUCGCCUUCGCCACUGCCACUGCCUCCGUCUCCGCCUCCGUCCGCUCUUUUCACGAUUCUCUCUCGGCACCGCCAAAAGGCACGUAAACUGGUUGUUGCUGGUUGGGCCGUACACUUCGUGGUGCCCGUAUUUUUCGUAUUUUCAGUGCUGCCUGAGCGCUUGAGCUGCGCGAGUCGCUUGCCGGGAAAAUCGGAAUCGGAACUGGUAUUGGAAUUGGCUAUCGGGAAUUGGCCACUCGGAUCUGGACAUGGAGCUGGCCUACAAUGCGUCAUCGUCGGCGGCCUCAGUUGCCUCUGCCUCCGCCUCCGCUUCCUUCGCCUUUACCAAUACCGCUAAACUGCCCAUUGAAACAGUGAAGCGCCUGAUCGCUGCCGUCUCACGACGACCAAUGUUGUGGCUGCGCAACAAUGCCAAUGGACAGAAACGCAGCGACAUCACGCCUGUUUGGUUCGAGGUGGGUCAGGAUGUGAAUCUGCCUGCCGACAUCUGCCGCAUCAAGUGGGGCCACCUGAGGGACAACUUUCGAAAGGUGUACAUCCGCAAUAACUUGUCCAAUGAGACGCCCUCGUCAUGGCGUUUCUACAACGACAUGAGGUUCAUGGAGCCAGCCGUUCAUGAGAACAUCAUGCGGCAGACGCGAAGCAGUAGCAAAAAGCAUCCACCCGGACACUGGUCUGAAAAUAAUAAUGUACUGGGACCAGACAAGUACGACUCAAUGCCAAUUGUGGCAACGGAACCCAUUUGCGAGCUCAGCCAUAGCUAUGACUCGGAGCUGCAUCAGCCCAGCUUUUCGGACAUCAGCUCGUUUUUCGAGGACCGCGAUUGCCAGCCUCCGGACACCAAAAGGUUUAAGUUGGAGCCCAACCAGAGGGAUGAGGAGGACGAGGAGGAGGAUGAUGAUGACUUCGAUGAAGAUGCCGCUUCGGAGAACUUGGAGGAGGAACGCGGCAAUCCAGGGGAAGCUGCAAGUUCCGGGGUAUUCACCAUAGAAGUACUGGAUGACGAUGAGGAAAUGGAGCAGGCGGUGACCAAGGCCAAGAAUAACAAUAGCAGUCACAGUAACAGUCUGAAGAGCGAGCCGGAGGCUAAGGUGUUCUCCAACUCGCAGUCCCCCUCCUCCGAUCUUCCCUUCAAGUACAUCAGCACGGAUGCUGCUACCAAUACGGAUCCUACGGGUGGCGAUCUGCAGGACGAAGCUGAUCGCAUGUUCCUACUCAGUCUAAUGCCUUUCCUGCAAAGAUUGGAUAACCGUCGACGGCUGCGCGUGCGCCAGAAGCUGCAGAAUGUGCUAAUUGAAGAACUGGAGUUCGGCUGAAAAUUCAAAUUUCCGGGGGGAAUGUGGGAAAACGUACUUUAUAAGCCUAGCUUACAGUAUUAUAAGAACGCGACUGACUAACUCUGUGGAUCUGCCUACAUACGUAGCAUGUAAUCAGUAUUCCGGCCUGCCUUCCUUCAUACAAACACACUUCCAUACAUACCAUAUUACAUUACAACACUUACAUUUGUACGUUUUAAAUAGACGACCACGCCAGCAUAAUUACUUGUUUCUUCUUCAGGAUAACCGCUUACUUUUACCUGAAUGUCUGUUCCGGCGCACCUGCUUCUUUUACCUGCACUCACCCGUCGGCCGUUUUGAGUUUCCAAUUAUCCACGGCCACGGCUGUUGCAAUCGCAUUUUCCAAGCCACGGGUGGCCCGUAAUUUCUGUCAGUGCAAAACAAGUUUCUUAAGGGUGGUGUAUGCGGCAACAACAACGGAGAGUAGUUCGCACGACAACAACAAAAACAACUACACGCGCCGUUAGUAUUAAGCGCUCUUGCUCAUGGAUCUCUCGGUCGCUCAGUGUGCUACGCACCGCAUGAAAUAGACAGAGUAAAUUAGGCGGCAGUAAAACACCCUAUACGUAAAGUAGUUUUUAUGUAUCUCAGUAUAAAUCGAAUUGUGCCAUUUAUAUUUUAUUCAAUAAAUUACUAUGUACAUGCA